CUAUGGUCUAAGUAUGUAGGUAUGUACAUGUGUGUAAAUAAACAUUAGAAUUUUUCUUGAUUUAUCUUUAUCGCUUUUCAUGACGUAUUUAAGCAUGGAAACAAUGUUGGUGGGAACGAAGACAAAGUCCAAGUAAGACAAUCUUAGGUGCCGGCUGCAAAAUUUUUAAAGUGUUCUGUCGGCAGCAAGUAGAAAAAUAUCCAAGAAGUUAAAAAUUAUGUAUUCUGAAGUUAUUAAAACCGUUAACUCUGUUCCAACUCGUAUUUUGACAUGGGGAAAUCCUUUGGAAAGUGACCAAGGCGAAGUUAUAGUGUGUAUAUCCGGGAACCCCGGAUUACCAGACUUUUAUAUUGAAUUUGCAUCAGAGUUACAUAAAUUGACUGGAUUACCAAUGUGUGUUAUUGGUCAAGCUGGUCAUGAUUGUGUAACUAAUCAGCAGGCUUGCGUUUUGAAAAAUAAUAAGCAUUUAUUCUCCCUUCAAGGUCAAGUAGAACAUAAGUUAAACUUUAUCAAUGAAUGUAUUGAUAAUAAUUGCCAUAUACAUCUCAUAGGUCAUUCAAUAGGAACAUGGAUGAUUAUUGAAAUGCUGAACAGGCAUUCUGAACUGAUUAAUAAAAUAUUAUCCAUAAAUUUACUAUUUCCGACAAUUCAAAGAAUGGCAUUGGCACCCAAUGGAAAAUACAUUACAAAUGUUUUGUCUAGGAUUCAUAUAUUGCUAAUGUUUUUUAUCAAUAUAAUUCAUAUUCUGCCCGAAGCAGUUCGUUCUUUCUUUAUUAAUUUAUAUAUUAAUUGGAAUAAGCUGCCGCCAUCAUAUAAUAGUAGAAUAAAAAAGUUUUUAAGUCCAACUAGCUUUGAGAAGAUGUUGUUUUUAAGUUAUGAUGAAAUGGCAAGGGUUACAGACAUAAAUAGAAGUGGCAUUGAUAAAAUAAAACAUCUGACAAACGUUAUAUACAGUGAUAGAGAUGGCUGGGCACCAGUUAGCUAUAUGGAAGAUUUAAAGCCAUUUCAGCCUCCUCUGCAAAUGAAACUUGUCAGUGUGGAUCAUGCAUUUGUUUUAAAAUCAUCUGAACAAGUUGCAAGUAUGACUGAAGGUUUUAUCAAGAGUAAAAAAUUAAAGCAUUAAGUAUUAAAUAAAAAUACAUCUAAUGGGGGUAUUUGGAAAAUAUUACUUUUUGCAUUUAUAAAUUAAAUUUUUUAAUAGAAUUUAAAUAUUGCACCCCAUCAAUCAUAAAGCCAUUUAUUGCUGGCAAGGCACAAGCAAAGAAUGAAAUGGUUUUUUACUAUGAGUAUGUACACCCAUUUAUAUUUAAAAUAGAGGUUUACCCACUCUCUCAGUCGUGAACAAUUUUGGGAUUAUUUUACAAGUUAAAUUAUUAUGCAUUUUGGUGAUAAGCUGUAUGUUAGGACACAUCUGUAUUAGGUACUUAGAGGUGCUAGGAGCUUAGUUAUAUGUAUAUGGGUACUUAGUGUAGCUGUAGCAAAAAUAAAAUAAAGGGCAUGGACCUGCAUACUAGUUGCUAGGUUCACCUAUCACCUUUGAUAAUACCAAUCAUUUAAUAUCAAAAGAUGGGCAGCUUCAAACACCUGAUUACAAUAUUGCUACCUACAAAGUAAAAAAGUUUUAUCUCUUGCCUAUUGUUGUUCAAAUAUUUCAUCCUUUCUAAAAUCAAGUUAUUAAAGCAUACUUGGCAAUAAAAUUUGUUUAACUUAUUACAAAGAGUAAACAAGAAAAGAUUUUUGUAUCAGUCAACCUAGCGAAAGAAAAAGGCUUUUAAAGAUAUGUGCACUUUAAUUUAUUAAAAAUUAUGUUACAUGUUAUAUUUAGAAAUAUUAUUAUACAUUAUCUAUACGAGCCACCAAUAACAAGGUGGGGUCACUGUAUGAAAAUAAGGGUUAGUUGGUGUGUAAACUUUAACAAACAUGCUUUCCAUACUGUGAUCAUCGUAGUUGUCCCACACAGGUUAUAGAUGGCUUGCAUUGAUACCAAUACAACGAAAACUUAUACUUUCAAUCAUACAAUUAACUGAAAUAAGUACAUACAAGGAAAACAAAGGAGCGAGUAUUUCGGGUAUUAUAAUUUAUUAAAUAUAUAUAAUGGCACGUGUACGGCAGUAGUAUAAUAUAAUGUGCCUUAUUGUUUAUUUGUUUAUGUGGCCAUAAGUAAAAAGCUUUAAAGUAAUUCUGAGUUUUAUUUAAAUAAAAUAAAAUCCUCUAAUCUCCAAUAUAUCAUAAAUUGUUUAUGUAGUAAAUUAAAACAAAAACUCAUUUUAAAAAUAAAAAUAUUUGAAUUAAAUGUUUCCAUAUAAAUGAAGGAAAAAUAAAAUUUAAGAGCUGCAAUCAGUAACGAAUUCUCAUCACUACUUUGUAACGUUUGAAGUCUAUUCAUGUUUAAGUAAAUAUUUAAAUGUGUCUUUGGUAGAACUAUGUGUAUAUCAGAUAGUAAUACUUGUAUUUUUAAGCUAAUACUCCAUAGAAAUAGAAAAUAAAUAAUAAUGAUUUUUUUACUAGCAUAACAUAACAUCACCAUACUAGUGAUUAAACCAAUUGUGUGGUUGUGUCCGAUGAAUAAUUUCUCUAAAAUAAUUCUGCAGGCCUUCCAAUUUAUCAGUAACAGAACAUCAUAUUUGGUCUGGAAUCAACUUUAGCUGUUUUACAUAAUAUAAUCUACAUUAUUGUUGAUAAAACUUCCCCAAAAUCAAUCUCUCUGCUAAAAAUUAACGUAGCACAAAACAAUACAAAAUAUUUUUUUCUAACGAACGAACUUAUUAUGUGCCUUGAACAGGAUGUGAUGUAGGUACUGUAAAAAAGUGAGAUUCAAUGUAGAACAUACCAAACAUUACAGAUGGUUAUCAAGGGUCAUAGAAAUUUUAGUAUAAAAUAUUAUUUAUAAAAUCAGUCAUUUCAUAUUUAUAAUCUGGCCUGAAGAAAGCCUGAAAUCAUAUUUUAAUUACUCUAUAAUGUAUGCAUUCACAACCUCUGCAAGGCCCAUAUAAUAAUUAAUUAAAAAUAAGAUUAUAUUUUAAUAACAUGCAAACAAAAUUUAUCAAAAUAACUAUAAACAUAUAGGUAUUAUAACGAUAAAACAGCACGUUUUAUCUGCAGUUGGUUGCACUAUUAAAUGGGAUUUAUUUAUUUUUACUGAACUUGUAGAUUCUUCUAGAACUCCAUUCCAACCUUAGAAAUCAGAAUAACAUAAGACAAUAGAAGUGCGGUAUUGAACCCGUGCAAAUGACGUUAAAUACAUUUUCUUAAGAUGCAAAACAUGCCACAUUCACAAGUAACACAUUUAUUCAUCCAUUAUUCUGAAUUCUAUGAUUUCAACACCUAGGAUUUUUCUUAAAUGAAGAGUAAGAAUUUAGAUACCAAAGUUCGCAAUAUUGAAUCUUAAUCUUGCGAAUAAAUAUCUUCAGACAUUAAUGUAAUCAAUACGCUUGGCUGUUGUUCUUCAGAAAUUUCUGAAUAAGAUUCAAUUUAACAUGUUGAACUCCCUCCUGUGAUCCCUUAACAAUAAUAAAUGCAUAAAUGAGACAACGUAAAGAACUUAAAACAUGAACAUAAAGGUACAUUUACAAAUUUCAUUAAAUAAAAUUUGAUAUCAGAAAAUAUAUUGAACACACACUAAAUGAAAUAGUCAUUGAAAAGUCAAUUUUUGUUUUAUUUCUCAGUUCCAGCAAGAUAACACGUUAAUAAUUUUAUGAAGGUAUGUAGUAGGUAUAUUUUCAUAAAUACAGUGAAUAACAUGUUUGUUACAUUAUUGCAUAAAUACGAAACAAACAAACAGAGGUACAAUAGAUAUAAUUAUUUGUAACAAUAUCUAUGUCGCAGCUGUGUGGUUAAAAUAGCUGUAAAAUAAUGAACCCGUUAAAAUAUACUAAUGCAAUAUGAUAGCGAAUUUUCAGUCAGCUGUUGUGUUGAAAGCUAUGAUUGCUCUAAUGAUUUUACUAUAAUGCUAGCUGUUUAAUUAAACAGCUUUUAACCACAUUUAGCAGCGACAUCCUUACAUUUCAGCAGAAUAA